AUGGCAAUUUGGGAGAUCAAAGAUGUUGAGAACGGUGAAAUCGUAAAUAAAGUCGUCGAGGAUCUAGAGAAACCAUUUUUGAAGAAUCAAGAUGAUCAUGAAGGAGAGAUUGAGAUUAAUGAAUCCUACUUGAUGGUCCUCUUCAGCACUUUUGUUGCUGUUUGUGGCUCCUUUGAGUUUGGCUCUUGUGUUGGCUACUCAGCUCCUACUCAAUCAUCUAUAAGACAAGAUCUCCAACUCUCACUUGCAGAGUUCUCCAUUUUUGGCUCCAUAUUAACAAUUGGUGCAAUGCUCGGUGCUGUUAUGAGUGGGAAAAUUUCAGAUUUUUUGGGCCGAAAAGGGGCUAUGAGAACGUCAGCUUGCUUCUGCAUUACAGGUUGGCUCGCUGUCUUCUUCUCCAAGGGUGCUUUGUUACUUGAUGUAGGAAGGUUCUUUACAGGAUAUGGAAUUGGAGUUUUUUCUUAUGUGGUCCCUGUGUAUAUUGCUGAGAUAUCUCCCAAGAAUCUCCGAGGUGGACUCACAACACUGAACCAACUCAUGAUUGUGAUCGGCUCAUCGGUUUCUUUCAUGAUCGGAUCUCUCAUUUCCUGGAAAACUCUUGCCCUUACCGGACUUGUUCCCUGCAUUGUUUUGCUCCUUGGCUUGUGCUUCAUACCCGAAUCUCCCCGAUGGCUGGCAAAGGCAGGCCAUGAGAAAGAGUUUCGCGUUGCCCUACAAAAGCUGCGAGGAAUAGAUGCAGAUAUCACCAAUGAAGCAGAAGAGAUUCAAGCCUCAAUUCAAGCUCUAGAGAUUCUUCCAAAAGCAAGGAUCCAAGAUCUUGUUUCCAAGAAAUAUAGUCGAUCUGUCAUCAUUGGUGUUUCCCUGAUGGUAUUCCAACAGUUUGUGGGAAUCAAUGGGAUCGGAUUCUAUGCAAGCGAAACGUUUGUAAAAGCCGGACUUUCAUCUGGGAAAUUCGGAACAAUAGCUAUGGCUUGUGUUCAGGUGCCCGUAACUGUUCUUGGAACAAUCUUGAUAGAUAAAUGUGGAAGAAGGCCAUUAAUAAUGAUUUCAGCUGGUGGUAUUUUCUUGGGAUGUAUACUCACAGGCACAGCUUUCUUACUCGAGGGACAAGGCUUGUUGCUUGAAUGGGUUCCUGUUUUAGCCGUUGGAGGUGUACUUAUCUAUGUAGCUGCUUUCUCCAUCGGAAUGGGACCUGUUCCUUGGGUGAUAAUGUCUGAGAUAUUUCCGAUAAACGUGAAGGGAAUCGCAGGAAGCUUAGUGGUACUGGUGAAUUGGUCUGGUGCUUGGGCUGUUUCUUACACUUUCAACUUCCUCAUGAGCUGGAGCUCUCCAGGUACAUUCUACAUGUACUCUGCUUUUGCAGCGACGACAAUUAUCUUUGUGGCGAAGAUGGUGCCUGAAACUAAAGGGAAGACGCUUGAAGAGAUCCAAUCUUGUAUUCGAAGAGAAACAUAA